AUGGAUCCCUGCUCUCCCGACGGAUCCGAGAAAGAGACGCUUCGGCUGACCACAUUAGCAACUGCUCCUCCUGCAACUGCUCCGGCGCCUGCGACAGCUGCAAGUGCGAUAGCUGCGGCCACUAAGCCGUCACCACCGCCGCCGCCGCCACAGCAACCGGUGCGGAUGAGCACAGCUCGCUUCAGCGGCAGCCGCCCCGACUUUGAAACGAAACGCAAGCAACGAUCGAUUUCGGUGACAAGAUAUGUCGGGGCGGACUGA